AUGGACGCCUCGGAGGAGUACGAGGCCGACGCCUUCGAGGAUGAGGUGGCGCCGCCCGUGCAGCCAGGCAUGGCGCAGAGCCAGGAGCUGCGCAGAGUGGACAGGUCGACAACGUCCACAAGGCAAAAGAUGGUCAACGUGAACUCCAGCUUCCGCCGCGUCGCGAAGCGUGCGUCCAUGAAGGGCGUCUCCUGGGACCAGUACUCGCACCUCACGCCGCCGUCACAGCUAUUCGACAAGUACGACGAAAACGGCGAGAACGGCCUUCAGAGGGAGGAGUUCGCGAACCUGUUGUACGACCUCCUCGGCGACGCCUGGCCCGACCCCAACGCGCCGGCGUUCCAGGCCUACGUCGACCACGAGUUCCUCAGAGCCGACUCGGACCACGACGGGCUGGUCUGCCUGGACGAGUUCCAGCUGUACUACUGGAGCACGGUCGUGUUUCUGUUCGAGCCCAAGCUCAGCGAGAACGCCUCGUUCCAGCAGGCGCCGCUGUACGACAUCUUUGUCAACGUCUGCUCGGCGGGCUCCACCGUCCGCCAGGAGCUCAUGGGGCCCGCGAAGUGCGUCAUGCUCGCCAAGGCCGCGGGCCUCUGCGCGCCGCCCUUCAAGUUCCGCCCGCAGGACUUCGAGAUUGCCUUUUACCAGGUGGUGGGCAAGGGGCGCAAGGACUCGGCGGCGGGGCUGGUGUCGCCGUCGACGGGCAAGCACCAGACGCGCAGCGACGUGAAGGUCGAGCUGGACUACUUCCAGUUCCUCCUCAUGCUCCGCGUCGUGUCGGACAAGAAGCACGUGUCGUUCGACACCCUGGUCAAGGCCAUCGUCAACCACGGCGGGCCGCCGCCGAUCCCGUCGCCGAUGGGGUUCAUCCUGAUGGACUCGUGCGACUACCGCGCGAGCGACCCCGAGCCGGCGUUCCUCUCCGCGUCCGACGGCAAGAGGGGGGGGGUCGAGGCACACGCCUCCCACAAGAAGUUCCAGUCGGCUGACCUCGGCGCGGACGCGCGCGCGUCCGGGACGUACCGCUCCCCGCAGUGGCUUGCGCCCGUCAACAUGGUCGCGAAGCUCUACCGCAUCUUCAAGCAGUACGCCGCCAGCGGGUCGUCGGUGUCGCUGUCGGGGAUGGAGCGGGUCGAGCUGCAGUCGCUGUGCAGCGACGCGGGGCUCGCGGGCCCCGAGGGCGGCCGGCGCGUGGGCCUCCCGCGCGUGGCGCGCAUCUUCGAGCAGUGCAAGAACCGCGGGCACGACAGCGUGCAGUUCACGCAGUUCUUGGAGUGCCUGAAACUGAUCGCGUCGGACCUGCGGUCGAGCCUGAACGAGGUCGUCGAGCGCGUCGUGCUGUCGAUCUACCCGGACGUGUACAAGAAGAUGCUCGAGAACCGCGAGCGGCGGGAGGCGGCGAAGCAGAGGGAGCGCGUGCUGUUGGCGGAAAGCAUGAAGAAGAUGGCCGAGGCCGAGGCGCAGCGGGCGGCGAAGAAGGGCGCGAAGCAGGGCGAGGGCGCGGAGGCCGCCGAGCCGCCGCUGGAGCCGCAGGGCAGCGAGGCCGCGGGAUGA